UACUAUAUAACUGCACAAUUGUGGAAUAUUCACUUCUCAGCUAGUAGUGGACGAGAAAUAUAAUUGGCUUAACGAAAACGAACUUAAAUCCUGUUAAACAAAUCUUGACAUAAAAUCCCAAGCGACAAAAUGGCGCCCCGAAAAGCUAAAGUGCAGAAGGAGGAAGUGCAGUUGCAGCUGGGUCCUCAAGUGCUCGAUGGCGAAAAUGUCUUUGGCGUUGCUCACAUCUACGCCAGCUUCAACGACACGUUCGUGCAUGUCAGCGAUCUGUCCGGACGCGAGACAAUCGCUCGGGUCACAGGCGGCAUGAAGGUGAAGGCGGAUCGCGAUGAAGCUUCUCCCUACGCAGCUAUGUUGGCUGCUCAGGAUGUCGCUGAGAAAUGCAAGAUGCUUGGAAUUACGGCGCUGCAUGUCAAAUUGCGUGCAACUGGUGGCAAUAAGACGAAGACACCGGGACCCGGCGCCCAAUCGGCGCUGCGUGCUCUCGCCCGUUCUUCACUGAAAAUCGGUCGCAUCGAGGAUGUUACACCCAUCCCGUCCGAUUCCACGCGUAGAAAGGGCGGUCGACGUGGCCGCCGUCUCUAAAAGGCGCUGAAGAAAUACCACAAGACAAAUAAAUAUUUCUAUAUUAUCAUUAUUUCCAAUCGAAUUUUUUAUACAGUCGAUUUCACGUCAAAUUCACAGAGCUUGAACUCCCAAUAAUAAAAAUACUACAGUUUAA